AGCUUCAAAGUAGAGAUGUCAGAAGAUAAUAAUAAUGAUAGAGAAUAUAUAUUGGAUGCAGACUCUGAGCUGCGAUUCGAAAUCGAGCAAAAAGAUGCCAAAGUGUUCGUGACGCUCAUCUCUGGGUUUGCAGAACUCUUUGGUACCGAAUUAGUAAAGAAAAAGAAAUAUGAAUUCGGAAUAGGAGCAAAAGUGGCUAUAUUUACCUACCAAGGCUGCGUGCUGCAAGUAACGGGCAAAAUGGAUGUAUGUUAUAUUUCUAAAGAGACACCAAUGAUACAAUAUAUGAACUGUCAUGCAGCAUUGGAACAAUUUCGUACCGAUGCCGAAGAACACGAUAAACGGGGCCCAGUUAUUCUAGUAGUAGGGCCCAUGGACGUGGGCAAGAGUACCCUCUGUCGCAUUCUGUUGAACUAUGCAGUACGAGUAGGCCGAAGACCGCUUUAUGCAGAUCUCGAUGUGGGCCAAGGUGCCAUUUCAAUCCCUGGCAAUAUAGCCACUAUUCUCAUUGAACGACCAGCCAGUGUCGAAGAAGGAUUUGCGAAAACAGCGCCUUUAGUUUACCACUUUGGUCACAAAUCUCCUAGUGGCAACAGCGUGCUCUACAACGCUGUAGUAUCGAAAAUGGCGGAAGUAACACUGCAAUCGUUAGACGCCAACAAACGAACCAAAAGCUCAGGCAUCAUUGUUAACACGUGUGGUUGGGUUAAGGGCUACGGCUAUAAGCACUUGCUGCAUGCAGCCCGAGCUUAUCGCGCUCGUGCCAUUUUUGUAUUAGACCAGGAGCGUUUGUACAAUGACCUGUUGCGGGAUGUACCGAGCAACGUUCAUGUAGUCCUCUUGCCAAAAAGUGGCGGCGUGGUAGAGCGCACUAAAGAAUUACGGCAUGAAUCGCGCGAGCAACGUAUAAAGGAAUAUUUCUAUGGCAAUAUGCGUACACCUUUUUAUCCAUUUUCGUUCGAAGUCAAAUUUCAAGAUCUACGUCUUUACAAAAUUGGCGCUCCCCCAUUGCCUGAUUCCUGCAUGCCCAUUGGUAUGAAAGCGGAAGAUAACAAAAAAAAAGUUGUAGCGGUUACACCGACGUCAUCUCUACUACAUCACAUUCUCACGCUAAGCUUUGCAGAAUCUACGGACGAAAAUGUCAUUGGCACUAAUGUUGCUGGGUUUUGUUGCGUUACUGAGGUGGACAUGGAGCGACAAUCUGUAAUGCUGCUCUCUCCACAGCCACGUCCUUUGCCGCCGAACGCAUUGUUAUUGUGGUCUGAAUUACAGUUUAUGGACAAUCAUGCCUAACGUAUGGAUUAAU